AUGAGCCAUUUGCCGCGAUUCUUCAAUCAGGAGGUCGUGAAGAUCCGGCACAAACAACAGGAACGUCAACAACGACAUUUUACUACUCAACCACAACCAAUGGAACAACGUUCUCCACAUCAACAUCAACAGCAAGAUGAGCAAGCACACGCAGACGAAGUUGAACAAAAGAAAGCCCGUGGGCGGGUUAAAGGAGAACAAAUAACUUGUGAAAGUCUAAGCUACAAAGUGUUGGAACACUUAUCGCGUGGAGCGUUCUCGUCAGUGUAUAAGGUUUUGGACUGUAAAGACGGCUCAAUGUUCGCAAUGAAAGAGGAACAAUCGAAGCCGAAUUGUGAAUUUAAUUUGAUCAAGGAGAUUACAAUAUUGGAAGCGGUGAAAGGUGCCACAGAAGACGAUCAAAAACGUUUUGCUGUUUUGCACUCUACAUGCAAAUUGGAAACUUCGAUGCUUUUUGUUAUGACUCUUUUUGGAGAAUCCCUCUCUUCAUUAAAGCGAAAACGAGCAAACCAUAUGUUUAGUCUGAACACUGGACUUUUUUGCUGUUUGGAAACCCUGCAAUGCUUGAAAUCAUUACACAUGCUAGGAUACAUCCACCGUGAUGUGAAACCUAGCAAUUUUUGUAUCGGCCUUCGACAGAACAAUCGCCAAAAUUCAAUCUUCAUGAUAGAUUUUAGCCUGUCAAAACGUAUCUUGUGUUCGGAUGGCAAGAUUGCAAGUCCUCGUUCAAAGAUUCGAUUCAAGGGCACGGUGAAGUUUGCACCGUUGUCUAUGCAUAGAGGAAACGACUCCAGUUACAAAGAAGAUGGUGAAAGUUGGGUGUAUAUGAUUGCCGAUAUGAUCAGCAAAACGAAACUACCAUGGAGAAUGGAACAGGACCUUGGAAAAAUUGAGAGGCACAAAGAAGAAGUUUUUGCGAAUCCGUAUAAUUUGUUCAAGGAUGAAGAGUUCUCUGAACUUCGAAGUAUAGUUUCCUACCUCAAGAAGCUUCAUUAUGUUGACAAGCUUGAUUACAACUGGGUGCGUGAAAUGCUUAGACGUGUUGCAAAGAGGAAACGCUGCAAUUUGAAACCACCACUUGAUUGGGAUUCGUGA